UCCCUGUGGUGCCGUGACCAGAGCCAGGGGAGCCCGGGCUGGGGACUGGGAGCUGCUGCUGAACUGGGAGAUGGAGCUGGAGCCCUCCAGGAACCCACCCCUGCCAGGGAAAACGGAGAGGACCCCCCUGCAGGGCACCCACAGCAGGAGCCUGGACCUGGGUGCCCUGGGACCACCUGCCCCCAUGCCGGACCCCCUGGGACCCACCGACCCAGCCCUGGUCUACAGCAACGUGGGAGAGCUGCGUGCCCACCUCGUCCCCCGCAAGGCUUGCCGAGGGGAGGGAGCUGGGAGACCCCCCCCUCAGCCCGGCAGGGACCCCCUGCCUCCCCCACUGCCAAAAAAGCAGCUCCAGCGAGCAGAGUCCCUCCCGGAGCCAUCCUGGCACUCUCGGGGUGACCCCUCAGCAUGGACUGGCAACAUCCUCAGCAACAUCCCACCGCCCCCUUCACGGCACGGGGAGGGGGCUCCCCGCUCCAUCCCCCCACGGGACAGACCCUCCUGGGGACCCAAGAAGCCCUUGACCAAGUCCCAGAGCCUGGGAGAACCGGUGACCUGGAGCCACCCACAGAACUCCCCGUCACCCAGCCCGGCGGAGCUGACGUUUGGGACGGCAGACAGGGAGCUGGGGCAGCUCCUGGAGAGCCCAGCCGGGGGGUCCGGGCUGCUUUUGGGGUGCCAGGCAGCUGCCCUGGCCCGGCUCUCAGCUCGUCUCCAGGAGGAGCUGGUGGGGCAGGAGGAGCAGCAGCAGCUGCUGGAGGCAGAGCUGGCAGGGAAGAGCUGGGCAGCCCUCAGCAUCCUGGAGCCAGAGCCCUGCUGCGAGAGCGGGGACGCCUGGUACUUCAGGGUGGGCUUCACUUCUGAGCAAACCCGGCUGGUGUUUGCAGCCAAGGUCCCUAAGAUGGGCUGCUCCAGCCUGGGGGUGCAGAGCUCCCUUGGGACACACUGCAACAUCCAGCGCCUGAUCGGCCGCUUCACUGACCACCUCCCUCAGGAGCUGGUGCUCCUGGGAAGCCAUGGAGAGCAGAACUGGUCCCCUUGUGGAGAGGAGCCAGCUCAUCUUACCACCCGCCCUGUCCUGCAGGUUCUUCUUUCUCCCGAGGUUCCCUACCAGACCCUGGAGGGCUUUGUGAAGGGAUCCCAUGGUUUGCACAGGACCAGCCCUGGGCACUAUGAACGUCUGGCUUGCCUCCUCCUCCUGCAGGUGUGCACGGGGCUGGAGCACCUCCAGAGACAGAACGUGGGGCUGGGGGACCUCUGCCCCAAGAACCUGCUGCUGGUGCAGUGCCCUUGUCCUGCCCAGAGCCAGCAAGGCAAGGAGGCACCCCUGGGGCUGUCCCUUCCAAGGCUGCUCAUCAGCAGCUUCUUCAAGGUCCAAGACAAGCGAAGACCUUGUUCUACCAGCCAGGAGCAGGACUGGACCAAGGGGCUUGCUGCAGCACCCUCCCCAGUGGCAGAUGAGCUGCAGGUAGGCAUGCUGAUCUAUCAGAUCCUGCAUGUGGACAUCUCUCUGGAAAAUGCCUUGGGGUUCAGAAACAACAGACUUCCUGAAAUCCCUUCCUUGUCCAUCUAUUCCACGGGACUCAAGCGUCUGGCCGUGCUGCUUCUCCACAGAGAUCCCUGCAAGAGGGUCUCCAUCGAGCAGGCCAGGAGCAUCCUGCAGGUCCUGCUCUGGGGGCCUCGCCAGGAGCUCUUUGCCAGGAGCAAGAAGACCCUCACCCUGCUCAGGAGCUGGGUGGAGCUGAAGAGGGCUCUGUUGCUCCUCAAGUUUGCAGAGAAUUCUGCUGGGGCAGGGCCAAGGCCCAGCCUGGAGGAGUGGCUGUGCUGCCAGUACUUCCAGCAGGUCACCGAACACACGCUCUACCAAGUCACCCAGGCUCUCUACACUCCCUAAGGUCGAGCUCAGCCCACCCAAAAGUUCUCCCCAAUUUCAAGAGCCCAUGAGGAGCUGGCCAAAUCCACUGGCUGCUGCCUCCUGCAAGGAGCCCAAGCUGGUCCUGGCUGGGAAAACCCCAGUUUGCAAACCUGAGCUCAGCUCCCCUGCAGCCCAGAAACCACAAAGCUGGGACCAAACUCCCACCCGUGGUUCCCACAACUCGGGGUGUGUUUUUACACCCUCGGCCAACUUCUACCUGUUGCUGUGAGUCCAGUUUCUCAGAGCACGUCAAGACAGGUGGCUGGAUGGAAUCCACAGGAUCAAAGGCCAAUUUGGCAGCUCAUUAUCCUGAGUGAAGUUUACAGGACUUAGACAAAACCCCCUCAGAUCCUACCUGCGGCCACCACGAGGCUUUUGCUGUUUUAAAUAACAACUGGAAGCCCCACAUUGCAGCUCCCCUUAACCAUCUGCAAACCAGAAAAACACCACCUGGUCCAGCCUGCUCUUUUUAGAAAUGGUUUCUGGCCCAGUUACAAACAUAAAUGACAUUUUAAAGGGGGAAAUCACAACAGACCCACAGCUUCAAUAAAACCCCGAGCUG